CUCAGCCCGCGGAGCCGGCGGCAGCCCCGCACCAUGGCCCCGGCGCCCCGCAGGAAGCAGCCGGAGCCCCGCCGGAGACGCGCGCUGGCUUUCAAGGGGGACGGGGACCCACAGGAGACUGAGCUGAGCCAGGGCCCCAGCCCCACGGCUGCCCUCCUGCCAGCGCCCGGAGACCAAGGCGGGGCUGCAGCCGAAAUGCAGCAGAGACGCAGCCAUCCGGACCCCAACCAUGGUCGGACUCCGGAGCCCCCCGGAGCCCUGGCGCCAUGGCCGGGUGCCCCCCCCUGCGAGUGCGGAUCUCGCCCCUUCGUCUGCCUGAGCCCGCGCACCCGGCUCCAGCCCCAGGGGGCCCUGGGCGGCCCGGCCCAGCUCAGCCGGCCCCCAGCGCCCCCCACCCCCAGCCAGACGGAGACACGUCGGUUUGGGUGCCCGGCUUGCGGGAAGGGCUUCAAAUACAAACACCACCUGAAGGAGCAUGAGCGCAUCCACAGCGGCGAGAAGCCCUACGAAUGUGCCACCUGCCAGAAGCGCUUCUCCCAUUCGGGCUCCUACAGCUCGCACCUCAGCGCCCACCGCUGCCUGCUGCCCGCCCCCGACUCCCCGGCCCCGUGGGAGAGCCGCCCAUGUGCUGCCAGGCCCCGGGGGGGCCAGGCGGGGGGCUGUGGGGCCUACGGCCCGGACCUCAGCUCCCUGCACAGCCCCGGCCCGGCCCGGCCCCUUCCGGGCCCCCCUGACCCGGGAAUGGAGGGACCCAGGGACACCAAUGUGCCAGGGUCUGGCCCUGACCAGGCCCCCCCCGAGACCCCCACCAUGGAGCAGCCGUUGGACCUGUCUCUUCCCAAGCCCAGCCCGGUGCCCUCGGAGGAGCCCCCGACCCGGCUGCCCUAUGAGCCCCUCUACAUGGCCACCUCCCUCUUCCCAGCCUUCCUGCCCAGCACCCUCAGCCAUCUCCUCCCGCACGGGGCCCCUCGGCUGCACGGGAACCCGGAGCUGCCGGCCCCCCAGUUCCUGCCUUUUCUGCUCUACCCGUAUGGGGCGGAGGCAGGGCCGGCACUGACCACGGGCCACUGGGAGCAACACGGGCCUCUGGGAGCCGGCGGGGCUGGGUGGCGCCCCCUGCAGGCGGGCAGGGAGCCGGGGGGCAGCCGGAGGUGGCUGCGGAGGACCCCCGAAGGGCUGUAUCUGUGUGAGCUCUGCCCCAAAACCUUCCGGAAGAGCAGCUCCCUCCUGCGGCACCAGUACGAGCACACGGGGAGACGCCCGCACCGCUGCCCGCUCUGCCCCAAGGCCUUCAAGCACAAGCACCACCUGGGGGAACACGCCCGGCUGCACUCCGGGGAGCGCCCCUUCCAGUGCGCCCGCUGCGCCCGCCGCUUCUCCCACUCCGGCUCCUACUCUCAGCACCUCAACCACCGGCAGGGCUGCUGCCGGGCCUGGGGCGCCCCCAGCCCCCGCGGGGAGACCCCCGUGCCCAGCCACGCCCCCCAGGGGGAGACCCCAGCCCCCGCCCCCCGUGGGGAGACCCCUGCCCCUCUCGGGGAGACCCCCGUGCCCAGCCACGCCCCCCAGGGGGAGACCCCAGCCCCCGCCCCCCAAGGGGAGACCCCCGCCCCACACGGGAAGAUCCUGGUCCCCGCCCCCCAAGGGGGAGACCCCAACCCCCUGUCGCCAAGGUGACACCCUCCCCUCCCCCCACAGGAAGACCCCAGCCCUCGUCCCCCACCGGGAGACCCUCGCCCCUACCCCCUGUCACCAGGGCAACACCCCGGCCCCCAUCCCCCACAGCAGACCCCUGGUACUGCCCACAGUCUCCAGGGCGACACCCCGGCCACCAGCGGGCGACCCUCACCCCCACCCCUGUCCCCCGCAAGGAGACCCUGCCCCCCGACCCCUGCCCACUGUGGGCACCAGAACCUCAGGGAGACCCCACCCCACCACUGGCCCCAGGACUCGGCCCCGGGGAGAUGCUGCUCCCCACCCCCUGCGACUCCCCCAUGUGUCUGCAGGGGGGUCGGGCCACAGGCCAGGGCCCCAUCAGCGCCAGGUGCCCUCAGGCCCGGCCCCUCAGCGCCGGGCUGGGCAGCUGGGCAGGCACGUCCUGGAGCUAGUUGCGGCUCCCUGCCCCUCUGGGCGGGCACCAUGGGCACCCUGCCCCAGAGCCCGACGUUGACGCUGCUCAGCAGAGCCUAGUGGCAAAGCUUUCCUGCCCUCCCGCUGCCCCCCCUCCCCCCCGACCUGUUCCCGGGGCACCCAGGGAGUUUCGCUCUGCAGCCCACGAAGGAGCCCAACAGGAUGUGUGCGCGGGGGGGGGGGUCUGAUUGUAAACUGGUGAGAGAAAUCAAUAAAUCAAUAACCACGCCCCCUCGGCAUGGCUGGGUCCCGUGCGGAGCGGGGCCAGUGCCCGCAAGA